AUGGCCGCCCGCCAAAUCACUGCUCGCCUUGCGGGCUUCGGCGUGCCAUACACUGUAGACACACACGAGGACUACGUGCAGAGAGACGCCGCCUUCUCGCGCGACGGCGCAUGCCUCGUCACCAACAGCGCCGACAAACGUCUGCGCGUCUUCAGCCUAUCACACGACGAUCUCGCUGAAGGCAACCCGCACGCACUCGAACCGCAGACGACCAUCGAUUCUCCCGAGCAGAUCAACGCCUACGCCCUCUGGCCGCAAUGGGAGUCCAGCGCGGGCAACACGACCUACCUCCUGCAUAGCGUGCUCCACCAGCCCAUGCGCCUGGUCAACGCCGUUGACGGCUCCGUUCUCGCACGCUACCCACUCUAUGACGCCUACCAGGAGGAAUACCGCAAUGUAAUGUCGCUCGCCUUCUUGAACAAUGGCGCCCAGUUCAUCGCCGGCGCGCGCCACCGCCUCGCCCUCUUCGACAUCACACGCUACAACGAUGCGCCCAUAGUUGAGCAUGUGACCGCACCGCCCCGUCGUCCCCGCGGCAUGUACAAGGACGCGCGCCACAUUCGUGGCGAGUUCCUCGCGCUCGCAGUGAGCCCGUUCAGCGACCUCUACGCAGCCGGCACCGAGACCCGCAAGAUCGCGCUCUAUGACCCCGCUGGCCGCGGCGAGUGCGCCGCGCUCUUUUCACUCCAGACCUCGUCCCCGGGCACCGGCGUCACGUCCCUUGCCUGGAGCCCCUGCGGCCGCUACCUCUAUGCCGCCGAGCGCAACAGCGACGCCAUCACCGUCUACGACAUCCGCGUCGCGGGCUGCCGCCUUGCGGUCCUGCGCGGACGUCGCGCCUUCACGAACCAGCGUCUGGGCUUCUCGGUGCUGCCGCACGACGAGGCUGGUCAGGACCACAGCAUCAUUGCCGGCGGCGCAGACGGCGUUGUGCGCGUCUGGAAUAACCCCACCUCAGGCGAGGGCGUGCUCGAUCCCAGCGCCGAGUGGCGCGCUCACGACGGCGCCGUCGCUUCCACGCUCGUCAACCCCGUCGCGCCCUCUUAUAUCGCGACCUCCACCGGCGAGCGGCACUUCCCCAGCUAUGACUCUGACAGCAAUUCCUCCGACCCCGACAGCGGCUCCUCCGACUCCGACAGCGACGGCACCGACUCCGAGAACAGUGAUGCCCACUCUGCUCACAAUGACGCCGACGCCAAUAACGACGUCGACGCUGACAGCAUCGACGUAGAGGCCAACAGCAACAACAGCCACACCUCCGCCUCCAAGCAGAGCAGCACGCCCCCGGCGCCGGACCACUGGCUCAAGGUCUGGAAUAUCUGA